AGCUUGGGCAGGUGCCAGCUUCUGCACUGGAAACCUCUGAGCCAGCCUGGGAAACAGCACCCACUUUUGCUCUGCUACUGCUGCCUUGGUCACCAGCCAUCACUGAGCUCUCCACAGCAGCUGGCCUGGUGGUACUUAUUCUCCAAGCUAUGUGUUUCCUGUAUAUUUCAAAUAUAAUUAAAAUGUAUAUAUCAUUUCUGUGCAACCAGUUCCCAUGGCAGAGAGAGGAAUGGUUCUGUUCCCCCACAUCUGCCUGUGUAUCUGGGAGAGGUGGUGAAGGUUAAUGUGAUCUGUUGGGUGUAGUCUGGGGCUGUGCACGGUGUGGUGUGGCUGCAGGUGCGUGGUGGUGAGUAGGUGGCUCUUUGGCAUGCUCACAGUACUGCAGCCCACCAGCCCCACCUCCUGCCCUGCUUCCCUUGGCACUGCAGAGACCCAGCUGCAGCCUGGCAAUAACUCUCAGGGCAUGCUUUUGGGGUGUCCAAGGGACACAUGGGUGAGUGCUACUGACUACCCAGCAAGGGACAUGGGCUGCCUGGCUACAGGGUGAGCUCCAGCCCAGGUGUCCACCGGCUGGUUCCCCCCAUACCCUGCCAGGCCUUGGUCCACAACCCUGCAGCCUGGAGCUGGAAUGCAGGAAAUUCCACCUGAAGAGGAAGAACUUUACUGUGAGGGUGACUGGAAGAGGUUGCCCAGCAAGGCUGUAGAGUCUCCUUCUCUGAAGAUACUCAAAAGCCACCUGAACAAAGCCUUGAGUAAUGAACCCCACAGAACUUCAGCAGCAGAGGUUGGAUUAGAUGACUUUCAGUGGCCCCUUCCUCAGCUAUCCUGUGAUGCUGAUUCUGUGACCCGUGGAGAGGAGGCACAAAGUCCCAGCAGUGCUGCCCACGUAGGGGAUGCCAGGAUGCCCUGCACUAGCCAGCAGCCCUGGGUGUCCCUGCAGGAGGGUCUUUUGCCUGUGUUAGGGUGCAGGACAGGACAUGCCGCCCUAGCCCUCUGGUGUGGAGCUGUGGGGCUGAGCACAGACCGUGGGCGUCGGCAUAUCUGUCCAGCCACAGAUGUUAUCACUGUUAUGAGCUUAAACAAAUGGCUUCAGAACUGCACCUUUAGCUACAUAAGCUGAAUGCUGAGGAAGGAAACAGCUUACUGUUGUGUCGGUGGGGGUGGUACCUAUGAAACUGGGGGUUACGCUGCUGGAGAUAUGGGACUGCAGAGACCGUUGGCUGCAAAACAAGUUGGCGUGGAAAUCUUCAGGUUUGCUUGGAUGUGACCCGUCAAGCGGCACCAGGAGAUAACGCCUGGGGAGUACGUGACUGAGUCCUCUCCGAGGGGUUUCUGCUAUGGCCUCCCACACUGGGGCACAGCUCCGCUACCGCCUCCCCUGACGUCCCUUAUCUCCCCACACAGACCUGUGCCCUGACCUCACGUGAAACCAGGCCCUGGGCCUGGGCUGCGGAUAAAGAGCUGGCCAGGUGAUGGGACCCCAUUCGGUGUCCUCACUCCAUACAUGGCACGGUUUGUUCCUGCAGCCUGGACUUGUCUGUGAGCGCUUGGCCAAGACAAUGUACCAGCAUUUCCUUUUCCUUUUCUUCCUCUCCUUCCAUCACCAUAAAUGCCAAGAUCAGAUCCUGGGUGAAAAUCCAUAUGAAAUUCCCAAAGACUAUCAGCAGGUCUACAGAGGGACAAAAAAUGAUGUCAAAGAGAUCCCAAAGGUUGCAAAGCCCUUCAUUUCUGAAAUGAUCUUUGUGCAAACCAGCAUCACUGCUAUAAGGGAAGGUGCCUUCAGGUACAUGCCCAACCUGAUAAAUAUUUUGUUUAUUGGCAACAAGAUCAAGACAGUUGAACCUGGAGCCUUUGAUAAUCUGGACAAGCUGAGGGACUUGGAUAUCUCUGGUGCCUCGUUAGAAGCGCUAUCUGUGGGCACUUUCCAAAACCUCCCAAGCUUAAAGAGGCUGGAGUUGAGAGACAGCCAACUCAGAUACAUCCCCAAAGGCCUGUUUGAUGGGCUGGAAAAUUUGGGAGAACUCUCCCUGCACAUCAAUGCAAUCCCUUCUCUUCCAGAAGGCAUUUUUGAUUCUCUCGUCAAUUUAACCUUUUUGGACCUGUCUAGGAACAGGAUCACAACUCUUCCUGUGAAUGCCUUUAGCAAACUUACCCGGCUGCAAGUCCUCUGGCUGUAUGAGAAUGAGUUGCAAGACCUCCCAGAGGGACUGUUGGACAGUCAGCUGGAGCUGCUGGAGCUCAGCCUCCAGAGCAACAGGCUCAGGGUGCUGCCAUCCAUGUUCCUCAGAAGCCUGCCUCACCUGGAGAAACUCCUCUUGGACAACAAUCUUAUCAGGGUUCUCCCACCUCAGGGCUUUUUUGGUUUAAACAAAUUGAAGCUGCUGACUCUGGGUUCAAACCAUAUCAUGGAGCUCUCCUGCUGCCUUUUUGACACCAUGCCACACUUACAGGAGCUGGACCUGGGCAGGAACAGUUUGGCCACACUUCCAGGUGGCAUCUUUGUCAACCUUACAUCCCUUGGAAAACUCGUCUUGUCCCACAACCAGCUGUUAGCCCUGCCAAGGGGAGCUUUCAUUGGGCUCAGUAAGCUCCUGGAUCUCCAGCUGGACACAAAUCAGCUCUCUGCUCUGGAUGAAGAGGUCUUUGCUUCUCUCCCAUAUCUGAAAACCCUCAACCUUCGAAAGAACCAGCUGGAGAGGGUUCCCCGAGGGCUCCUGGACCCCCUGAAGAAGCUCAGCUCAGUGUAUCUGAGUGGUAAUCCAUGGAGAUGUGACUGCAACCUCUGCUCCCUGCACAGCUGGAUCCUGGGUAACAGUGAGAAGGUCAAAUUGUCCACCCAAGUCUCAUGCAAGAGCCCACCCCACCUGGCAGGGCAAGCAGUAACAUUGCUGAGGGAUGACCACUUAAUCUGCCCAGCUACUCUGCCUCUUUCAGCUUCUUUUACCCCCUCUCUGCCAUUUAACUCCACAUCAUCACAAAGGAUGUCAACUUUGCCAUCACUUGGAGGUUUGUCCACAGCAACGCCAACCUUGCUGUCAUUGGCAGCCUUUCCCAUCAGGACACUGACAACUGUUCUGUCACCUGUGGGCACCUCUGCCAUGUUGCCAACUGUGCCAAAGGAGGACACCUUCACCACUCCAUUGCCUACCGUGCCAUCUAAGGCCUUUGUCACCACCCCACCAUCCGCUGUGCUGCAGAAGGCCUUCAGCAACAGCCCAUCAACAACCAAUGUGGCCAAAUCCUUCAUCACUACACCGUCAACAACCAUGGUGCCAAAGGCCUCCAUCACCACCCCAUUACCAGCUGCGCUGCCAGAGACCUUCAUCAACACACCACCAACUGUGCUGCCAACAGCCUCCAUUGCCACACCAUCAUCAUCAACUGUGAUGCUCAAGGCUUUCAUCACCAGCCCAUCACCAGCUGUGCCAAUGUCAACCAUCAUAAGUCUACAGUCUCCUGGGGCCACCCACCCAGAACCUGUGCCAUCCACUCUAGCUUCUGCCACCACACAGCUGACCGCCGGCGAUGCUCGGAACCUGGAAGCCAAUAUGCGGUGUCCCUACCUGACGGUCCUUCUGUCAAGCGACACUAGAUGGCAUCACGACACUGCCUUCCUGCGGCCACCGAAAUCCCGGAGCCCCUGCACACACCGGCCAGGAUCCGCCGCACCGCGGACACAGCCACUCUUGCUCGCAGGGUCAGAAGCCCCAGCCCAAAUCUCCUCGCCAACCCUGGAAGGUACCUGCAGUCCUCGGGGAAGGACAUGCCAAGGCUUCCUGCCCCGUGCCGUGUCUUCUUCCCCGUGCCACGUUAUGGGAUGUGUCAGUGCCUGUACGCCCAUCAUACACAGACCUCUUCCCCUCUUCUGUUCUUUUUCCUCUUCCUUGAUAUUAAAGCCCCUCCUGCACCUCCGGGCUGACAAGAAGAUUAUUUUCAUCCCGUUUUUCUUGCCAUGACCUGCUGGGGGGUUUUCCUGUUGCUUCCUGGAGCGUGGGGUCCCCAGUCAGUGCCAGCCACUGGGGACUGGUGUAGGACCAGGGCUCCCUCCACAGGCGGCAGCAGCACAGUGAGACAACAGAUAUGCUUUUCUUCCCCCUCUUAAACCUCAUGUUCCUCAAAAACCUCUUGAGAAUGCUGCUUGCCCUGACCCCUCUGGUAGAGUGAUGUUUCAGCAUGGCCAGCCAUAUUCUUCUCUACCAUGACCUCAUCUGAUGCUGAGCCCCUGCUUCAGGCCAAGCACCGGCUCUUGGGAAGCUUGGGAGGAAGGGGCUAAUGCUCCUCACCACUGAAGAGCUGACGUGUGCCUUCACCUCCACUGUCCUGGGCUCCUGCCAGGCCUAGGCAAGUGCCAGACUUCAACAAAAGUGUGGUUUCUGCCAUUGCAGAAAGUGCUGAAACCUUCCCUGGGAAGCUUUAGUCCAGAAUUUGAGCCAAUGAACACAGGGGUUGUUCCCUGAUUUGGGUUUCUGGGUAGCUUUUUGGCUCUAGGCUGUGUUGACUUUGCCCUGUGCAAGGUAAGCUGCUCCCAAAUUUAAUCACUCCAGUUUCUAGAGAGUUGCAGGUGUCUGUCUUCAAUUCCUUGCCUUUGCCACCAGCACCUGCUCUGUCCUGUUCUGCCUUUGGAUGUUCUUCCCCUGUUGUGGGGCUGCCUGACUUUGGGGGGUCUCAAGGGGAGAAUCCCUGAAAAUAUAUAGUCUGGACAUGUGUUUUGCAAGGAAAAACAGGAAAGCAGCUCAAAAGUCUCCUGACCAGCAAGCCCUAAGCCUAGUGCUCAGUUCCCUGAGCCCGAUUCUCUUGCCUGGCGUGAGACCAGGGAAGGGGAAAAGGGGCUUUGUGUUAGGGUAUGUGCCUGCAGCUAUGCAUUAGGGACCUGGAUAUAUGUCUUCGCUAAGAGCCUGUGCAGUGUUACAGGCCCUUGGGCUAUUCCUUGAAGUCCUGCUGACGGCUGUGAAAUACAGGAGGUGAGUGUGGGGCAGCACAUCUGGGCGGGAUGGAGUAAGCGGCUUCGGGGCCGGGGCUGGCACGACAGGUAAUGAGAUACAGAUGAGGGAGAGGGAGUGUUUUUUUCUGGCAGUCCAGAUGGACUUGGCUUAAUACUUGAUUUAGAGGGUUUGAAAGUGGGGCCUGGCUGCCGGGGAACAGACCCCGAGCACUUUCCGGGGUAAUGAGAGGGGUUCUCCGCUGGCUUUUUGGAUAUUUAAUGGCCCAGCGCAGUCUAAACAGGGAAGUACUUCGGGGUGAGAUUAGCACAACAUAAUCACAUCUUAAAAGGUCUUCAGAGACACAAGGCACGUCCGCUCUCAUAUUAAUUACUUGUUGUUAAUAAAGCUGGGGUUGGGCUUGAGGUAUUCUCUCUGGAGCGGGCUGGUUCCCUCCUUGCAGAGCAGUGGUGUAUCUGAAGGCAGCACAAAGCCUUGCAGCCUCCACCUGUGCCCAUCCGGCUCCAGAAACCAAAUGGCCAACAUUCCUACAGCUGCCUUUAAUUUGCCCCAUAAUACCCUGAAAGGGCCGUGUCUUUCUAAGUGCCCAGAACACCUCUGAGUGCUGUAAAAUAAUGACAGCCAAGGGUGUUCUCAGCAUGGAAAUUUCCUGCUAUGAUUGAUUUCUAAUUUGUAAUGAAAAUAUAGCCGCCCAUGUUCCCGAGGUCUGGCUGUUGCAGCUGGCUCACAGGUAGGCUGCUUGUGACACUGUACAUCUCUUCCUGGUUGCUGUGAUUGCCCGAGGUCCUUGUAGCUCACCUCAGGUGACCAAAGUUAGAAGCAGAGGCAGGACACCAUGCAUGUGUGUCCUAGAGUGGUGCUGGGAUCAGGGGUCUCCAGCACGGCCUGGAAGUUUCAGAGCUGCCACUGGCUCUCUUCCUGCCCUGUGCAGGUGAGAAGUGGUUCCCACAGCUCUGUCACUCAUGCUGCAGUGCCAGCCUGUAACCCCUCUGCCUGUCAGCCCUGCUGGGAGCCCCCCACGCUGUGGGUGUGUUCCUUCCACCUGCCUCUGUUACCCUUCCUGCUCCUGGGGCACCCCAUGGGCAAGAAAGGGGUUUCUGAGAAAGAGCCCUUUAUUGUGGUGGGAAGUGGGGCAAUGAACACCUGCAUGAGGGGAUUUGCACAAUAACCUGGGUGAGCAGCAAGCCUGGGCUUUUGGCAGACAAGUUUCACCGCUGGCUUAUGAUGGGAACCUGUCCCAACUUGUGGCCAUGCUGCCAUGACUUCCUCAUGGGGUGCCUGCCUCAUGUGCCUGUCCCGAACACAUGCAGAGUUGUGCUGAGAGCAGUGUCUCAAUGGCUGCUAGUGUGGUUUGAGUAGCAUGGAAGGACUGGGGGCUGGCUGCUUUGCGUGCUGUGGGCAGCUUGGGCUGCCCAGGCUUUUAUCCAGGUUUUGGGCAGAGCAUGAGGGUGAGGGCAAGAAAAACAAGCCAGUGCAUCCACCCUUGAGCAGUGGGAGAGCCCAGAGAGGCGGAAGUCUCUGUUUAUUUAAGGUGCAAACAAGUGCUGUUAAUCUGCUGCCUGUUUGUAUUUCUUUAGAGUCUCUGAGUGUGGGGGGGAGCAGAGAUGGGGUCUCCUCUUUGUGCGGGGGCAGGGUCAGGCUAUUGGAAGUAGAGGUGAGAAAACAUAGAGGGGCAGCUGGAACCUGCUUUGGGAGGGAAAGAUUUUUUUCGGCUAUUUAUGAUAAUUAGUGGGAAACGUUCCUCAAGCGUUUCAGAUGAUUCUGUAAUGAAGUUGGGCCGACUGUUUCCGCUUUGUUCCCCUGGAACCAUUAAAAAUCCCCCUCUUUGAUUGCUUUAAUGCAAUGCUGAAAAGGCACAAUGGCAUAAAAGUGGCUCUGGGCAGGGCGGCACGCCUCCCACCCUGCCAGAUAGAGCUCUUCAGAGCCCAGAUUUUCUGGGUUAUAAAACCUCAGCACUCACAAUGUUCAUGCAAAAGCUGCUGUGGAUCCCAUGCCCAGGGCUCCUUUACAUCCCUGAUGCGGGUGGGUGUGUGUGAGCACCAGCUUGGUGUGCUCGGGGGGAGCAACAGCUGGCACAAACACACUGGAGUGAGAAAGGGCAGGCACAGCCAGGGAUGCCGUCUCUCCUCUGGUAUAGCAAAGCCACUUUCAGCCCAUGGUUGUUCUGGGAAUUUGCUGGGGUGAAAUGCUGCACUGGGAGAGGACCAUGUCCAUGCAAGGGGAAAUGGGGAGUCCAGCCCAAAGGAAAGUCCUUCUGAGUCAGUGCUGUUCUGGACCAGAUCCUGCUCUAUCUGCUGGGCCAGGCAGCAUCCAGGCACCAGCAGAAAGCAAGGGGCCUGAAAUCCAGCCAUGACCCUCCGGGUGAAUCAAUAGCACUCUUCUCUGAGCUGGCUCAGUCUCCUCUUGCUUUUAGCAGUGGAAAGAUCUUCCAGCAUACGUGAUGAAAAGAAAAUCCACCUGCCUGAUCUCACACAUGCCGCAGCCCGAGUGGGAAAGGACUGACAGCACUAAGGGGGUUCGCAGUCUGCAGCAGGUUUAUUGAUGGUACAGGAGGCGUGAGGGCGCUUCCUGGCGCUGAGCCGCGAAGGUGCUGCUCAGAACAAAGGGCGAACAGGACUUAUAUAGGGUUAAGGAAGGAAGGGUCUAGAAACUGGGAGGAGUAUGUGAUUGACAUAAGGGGAGAACCAAUAAGGGAGUAACAGAGGGAAUACAUUAACUUUUAACCUAUAGGAUGAUCUGGGGGGUGUGGUGAGACCGCCUUACUGCGGCAAAAUCUCACCAAUCAUAACAGGGGACUGAACAACCAAUCAGGGAGGAGAGUUCAUGAGGGAAAACUUAUAAGGGAAUAAAAUAUGAAUUUACAACUGGGGUACAAUGGUUUUAACAUGCAUUAACAUUACUAAUGGGGGUGAAACAACAUUGUCCAUGUCAAGCAGGUUCAAAGGUCUGUUCACAGAUGUCCAUUCCAGUGUGUAAGUCCAUAGUUUUAAACUUCAUCUUCAUUCUAUUCUUUGUAGAUCUGUCUCCACUUGUGGUAUAGUCUCUGUUUCUGUUUGGUGCCUUCCACACACACAUCUAUCAGCACUAUUUCCCCAGGGAUGAUGUAUAAAGCUAAUGGGAGCUCUCCUGCUAAAGCUGUGAUAAAAGAGGAAAUGGCAAGAGCUUUUAGCAUACUGGUGGGGGCUGAGCAUGAUGGAUUUUGGUGUCCACAUCAAUAUUCUCAUGUGGACUCCUGUCAGUGAGCUUAGUGUACUAGGCUGGGAUAUGGGGGUACAGCUGGCCAGGGGGGCUGUUCCUCUUCUGCUUCACCUUUGGCUGGGCAAGGGUGGCUAGGAAGCACUUGGGCACCCAUUAUGGGCACCCAGCAUCAGUCCUGCAGUGCUGCGAGGGCAAGAGGGAGCCAUGCCUGCUGGCCAGGCACCUUCCUUCUCAGCCACAACUGGUGUCUUUUAGACAGCGACUGCUAAUUGGGAUCACAUCAUCCUUAAUGCCCACCCUCUGCCCCACAGCUGGAGGCAACAUGCCCCACUAAGGCACUAAAUUAUCAGACUGUGGAGGAGAGGUUAAGGACUGGGAGCAUGGCUUUCCUGCGCCAGUCAUAACCAAGUGAUCAUAUCAGCCCCCUCCCUCCUUUCAGUAGGGGAAAAUUUGCAGACAAAUUCCUGCCAGUGGAAUGUUGGAGCUCUCCUGCGUGGUAGGAUAAAGAUACCUGUCACCUCCACCUGUCCCCAACAACAGCUCAUGCUGGGAGCAUGGCUGGGGAGCUCCAUGCUUUCCACAGGAAGUGUGGGAAUCGUGAGGACUCCCUGGAGGAGCACAUUCCCUAAGAUAACGCAUGGCCCACAGUGACACAAUCAGCCCUGCUGUGAAUAGGCUGGAGUCCUUACCUCUGGUUUCUGCUACGGCAGGUCCUGAAGCACCAACUGGAAUUGUGAUGCCUUUGCCAGUCCCCAUGUCUGGCCAAGACGCAGUGUGUUUGAGGGACCAGGUAGCUCUGGUACUACCCUCAUCCCUGCCAGCACAUCUCCACCCCUUCACUCUGCCCGCCUCCCAGGUCCAACGAUUGCUUUCCAGUGAAUUAUUUACAUAAGCUCCCAGCAGUGGCUGGAGACAAAAACUCAGGUACAGAGCAGCAGCAAGCUCCUGACCUUUCCCACCGCCGGACAAAUGGAGCCAGCAGCACGAGGCGGGCGCGCAAAGGCGCUGCGCUGGCCGGAGCACUGACCCCGCCAUGCCACAGCUACCUGCUGCUCUGCCACAAUGGCCCCACGUCCCCGGCUGGCCUGCUGGGCCGAUGAAAAAGGGUCUGAGAUAAUAAUGAGCCUGACUACCACUGCUCUCUUCAGAGAAUCGAGUCAACUCCUUGGGAAGAAACAAAAAAAAAGAAGGAAAAAAAAAAAAAGAAAAACCCCUCUUGGAUAAUAAAGAAGUAACAAAUGAAGACUGAAAGCCUAUAGAGCUGUCUUAACCCAGCGAAGAAAAAAAAUGUCAACAUCUGUGGAGCUGUCUGCAAAAACAGACCAAACCCCUAAUGAAUACCCUCUAGAAAAGACAUUCACUCGAGGAAAGGCAAAAGGCUACAUUUUUCUAUGGAGGUAUAAAGAUUUUGAUGAAUCUGCCCUUUCCCUUUCCAGUGCAGUUGAACCAAGUGCUAAUGUUCAUCUUCAGCUGUAUUAAAGAGUGUGGAGGGGGGCAGUGGGGCGAAGAGUCUUGAUCUGAAAGCUUAUGGAGAGGGUGGAUUUAGGGAGCCUGGAUGGAUGUCUGAGCACUAAAGCAAGGAAGAAAAGCAACAGGCAUUAGAGAAAAUACUGUUUAACAAGAGUUUCUUUAGUCAACCCAUUUGAGCAGAGAUUGGUGUGCCAUAAACGUAAUCCUCUUAGUGCUGACUUAAACAUGUUUGUACAAAACAGGGAAAUAUAACAUGAAUGUAAUAGUCACGUUUGCUAAAAUGCUUAAUAAAAAGACAAAAGU